AUGGAAACCGUUCACCUCGGACCCUUCGUUGUUCCUCGUAUCUGGACUGGCCUUUGGCAACUUUCUGGCAAUGCUUGGGGCAGCGCACCCGUUUCCAAGAUUCGAGAGGCAAUGAAACGUCAUGUCGACAUGGGAUACACAGCAUUUGCUGAUCAUUAUGGAAGCGCCGAGAUUAUCUUUGGACAGUUUCGCAACAGCCUAAGCUCGGAGUCUCCGCGUGUCAUUGGGGCGACCAAGUGGUGUGUUUUCAGGGAUAUCACCGUUGAUCGUGAGACGGUCAAGGCUGCGGUUUCCGAACGAUUGGAACGUAUGCAGACGGACCGCUUAGACCUUUUGCAGUUUCAUUGGCAGGACUAUACUAGCAAAGGCUAUCUGGAAACUCUAGAAAUGUUGCACGAUCUCCAGAUCGAAGGCGUUAUCUCCUCUCUCGGUCUCUGCAAUUUCGAUACCAUCAGAAUGGAUGAGAUCUGUACUCAGCUAGGGCCGGGAGUGAUCGUGUCGAAUCAAGUUCAAUUUUCAGUUAUUGAUACGCGUCCGCUCCACGGAAUGUCUGAUGUUUGUGAGAAACAUGACGUCAAGUUGUUGACUUAUGGUACGCUGUGUGGUGGAUUUCUGUCGGAUGACUGGCUGGGGAAACCUGUACCAGACCCGUAUUCCGGUACUCUCACGCCCUCGCAAAGAAAGUACCUUGAUAUGAUCGUGAAUGCGUGGGGUGACUGGGAACUGUUUCAAUCAUUGUUGCGUGUUCUUCGGGAUGUCGGAGCUAGGCAUGGCGCUGCUAGCAUUUCCAAUGUGGCUGUUCGCUGGGUCCUAGAUCACCCGUUCGUUGGCGCGGUGCUAAUAGGGGCUCGCUUGGGCAUAUCGGAACACAUCGAGGAUAAUUAUCGAGUUUAUGGAUUCAGUCUCACGGCUGAAGACAACCGAGAUAUUGAAGCGGUGUUGGAUCGCUCGAGCGGGCGCAGAAUGGUGACUACAGUUGGAGACUGCGGAGCUGAAUACAGGUAACCGUGUAGACAAUCAUUCAAGAGACGGCAAAAUAGCAGAAGCUUCCAUUGCUUACGUUAUUCAACCAGAUUCCAUACACCUUCUAAUUUAUUCGCG